GGAUAUCUAGAUAUGAUCUCAUCUUCAAGUACAGUAACAUACAUCGUUGUCUAAAGAGUAAAAAGAUUGGUUAAAUAUAGGGCCCACUUAAAUAUUGGGCUUUUACAUUAUCGGGCUUAUAUUAAGCAAUUAAGGCCCAUUAACCAAACGCCUAUUCGAAUAAUCCUCACAGGUUCCCGCCUCAAAAACCCUAAUUCACCCCUACUCCGACCGAAGCUCUUCUUCUCCGACCAAACGAAGAUUUUUCCGACAGAUGCCAAUGACUGGAGAUAGCUGCAGCUUAGUGUCCAAGGAAACGCGUCUCCCUUUGUGUGAUAUGACUAUUGUUCCAAGCAAGAGAGGACUAUCUUCGAUUCUGAGUGAUUUUCUUUUGAAAUCUGGAGACGAUUCCGGUAAGACAUUUGCUCGUGAAGGCUCUGGUGUGAAGUUUUCCAAGAGGUUGUGUUUAGUCGUGGACGACUUGGUCAAGGAGAGUACUAGGAGUACUGAUACAAACGAUGGCUCACUUGUUGUUGAUGCUGAUUCUGAGAAUUUAAAGGAGUCUCAGGGUGAAACCAAUGCAGUUGAUGGUAUUAGAGUUGGUGAUGAUGCUGUGGUGGAACUUAGUCAGAGAGAGUGUGACAACAAGGGCUCGAACGUUGCUGACUUUGCUAGUCAAACCGAUGCUGUUACUGGUGAAGACUUGAAGGAGACUUUGUACGGUAGCAGCAAUAGAGAAAGUGAUGAUAGGUUGGCGAUGGUGGCUACUGAAGGAACGGGCGUGUUGCCUGUUGACAGUGUGGGGAUUGUAAACCACGAUAUGGAAGCUGAUGAUGAGCUUAGAUCUUGCUCUUGUUCUUUUUGCCUCAAAGCUGCAUAUAUCUGGUCUGAUCUUAACUACCAGGACAUCAAAGGUCGAUUGUCUGUGCUGAAGAAGAGCCAGAAAGAAACUAGUAGCUUGAUCCAAAGGAAUAGUAAAGAAGAGCCAACAGAUGUAGAAUUUGAUGUCAUGGGUCAAUGGACAUCUCUCUUUCUUAACAUGAAUGACAUCUUGGCUCGUGAAGGCAGCCGCCUUCAGGAUAGCUUUGUAGCCAUGAAAGAGCUUAGAGAAAAUUGCAAGAUUGAUCUGGAAAGAGCUACAAAACCACCUCAACACAACAACUCUUAGGUACUGGUGGUUUAAAAUGUUGUAAGGCUCUCUAACCUUCUUUAUAUUUGAAGGAACUCAUGUACGUAUUAUAACUUAUGGUGUCAUUCCUAGCAAGUUGUCUCUGUUCUUUAGGAGUUGUUAGCAUAUUGGUCUCUGUGUAUGUCUCUUGAGCAUGUCUCUGUUUAAUUUCUCAUCCUUUUAUUACUUCAAUUGUUCCUUGAUAAACCUUUUUAAUCAGGCGGUUCAAGUGGCAAUUAACUAGUA